AUGAUCUCCAAACUCUCCGUUCUCUUGGCCUAUGCCAACGCCGUUGCCCUCGCAGGACCCGCCAAGACUUCCAGGGCCGUUGACCAACUUAACCAGGCCUCCUUUGAAGAGGCACAGCAGCGUGACGAGACCGCCACCCGGGCGUUUUCCGAUGUUCAGAUCACCACCAGUGACGGACGCUGCCUCUUCGUCGACUUGCUCUCGGGUGACUUCAGGGCAAACCUGACUCCUCUGCAGGUGGCUGCCUGUGGGAGCACUGAUGGCCAAGGAUGGGAUGUCAUCACGGCAGGAAAGCAUAAUAACCAAGCCGGCGCUGCACUCUUGGUCAACACUCUUUCUCAAGCCUGCGUCAGCUUCGACCCGAGGAGGGCUGCUGAUUCCCAAGUCCACCUCUUCUCCUGCGGUGGUCGGGCUGAUGGAAGCGGCGAGGUAUCCAACUCGCAAUUGUUCGACUUUGACGGCAGCGCUGGUCCCCUUGCUCUCACCCCACAGAAUGCCCAGAACCAGUGCUUGACUGUCAAUGGGAAUGUUGUUGCCAUUGCUGGGUGCGAUGCGGCUAAUGCAAACCAGGCAUUCACUAUUGCGGGUGCCGCUGCUAGCGCUGGUGGUAGAAAUGUUCAGGAGUAUGCGGCAACUGGAGAUGACAACAAGGGCAAUGCCGGCAACGGCGAUGAGGCGGUUGUCGACGAUGGACAAGCUGGUAGCGGUAAUCAGACCGACAGUGGCAACAACGGUGGAAUUGGACGAGGCAACGGCCAAGGUAACGGCCAGGGCAAUGGUCGAGGGAAUGGCCGCGUCCGUGGAAACGGCAGGGGCCGCGACCGAGGACAAGGAGGAAACCAAGCCACUGACUGCGCUCCCGUCCGUGUGGUGACAGUCACCGAGAUUAUCGAGGUCUCUGCUCCUACGGCGGCAGACUCUGCCGUCGCCACUGAAACUGAUGCCGCCGCGGCUACCGAAACCGCCGUUGCUACCGACUCUGAGGAGGCUCCUGAAACUACAGCUGAGGCUGCCACAACCGCUGAUGAGACCGGUGCCGCUUCUACCACUGACGAAGCGGCUGCCGUAACCUCUGCACAAGCCGAUGCUACCACUACUGCCGCUGUUGCCCUUGACGACAUUCUAACCGUCAACCCUACUGAAGCCGUCCCAGUUUCUCGUGCUGGGGGUACCCUCAACCCCACAGCCGCAGCUGAAGCUCACCAGUUCGACAACACGGCUACCCGUGCCUUCACCGGCGUUCAGAUCCGAUCCCCCGAGGGCCAGUGCCUCUUCGUGGAUCCUACCGCCGGAGACUUCAGGCAGAACCUUAUCCCCGUGCAGCUCGUUGAGUGUACGGGUAGUCCUAACGAGAAGUUCGACAUCGUUACGGCAGGCAGGCACAACAAUGCCAAUGGCGCUGCCCUCAUCGUUAGCAGCUUGAUGAAUGGCUGUAUCAGCUUCGAUGGGCGAAGGCAGGCCGGCGACACUGUCACCAUCUUUUCCUGCGGAGGCCGAGCCUCUGGAGAGGGUGAAACCAACUCUGGUCAGCUCGUCCCUUUCAACGGCCAGACGGAGCUCGCCUUCGCUCCCGUAAGCGAGAACGGCCGGAUCUGCCUCGUGGAUGGUGCGGGUCGCGUUGACUCUGCUGCCUGCACUGGGGAUAACUCCCAGGUGUUUACUAUCGUUGCUUAA